AUGAGUGUUGAAGUCUCCCAAAAGAACUAUGGAGUCCCCAAGCGGUACCUCUUCCAGGGCACCACCCAGAGAAACCAAGAAGGCCGGUCGCAAGGAGGCGACCCUCUUAUUCUUCGGGGAGAACCCCAACACAACGGCGCUCAGCCGGGGGCUUGUGAGUAUACCCACACUUGCCUGGCGCCUCACCCUGGGCAACUCCGGAAAAGGAGAGAGUCCUGCCUCUCUCCAGGGGUUUGGUUCCAGAGCCCACGCUAUAUGUGGAGAGUUCAGCAGAAGAGCUCAGAGCUUCACAGUGAUCAGUCUGAAACAGACCUGGACUCCAUAUUCAUGCUGCUGGAGGAGAAAAUUGUCGUCUUUGUGAAGAACGAGCUGAAGAAAGUCCAGAAUGUUCUGAGUUCAGAUUACCCAGGAUGCCUGACUGAGGAUGAGGAGGUGGUGGACGGUGAGGAUGAAGAGGAGAGGAGGAGCACCAGAGAGGCAUUUCGAAAGAUUACCCUGCACUUCCUGAAAAGAAUGAAGCAGGAGGAGCUGGUUGCCUUUCUGGAGAGAAGAACUCAUGCUGCAGUGUGCCGACAGAAACUCAAGUCUAAUCUAAAGGGGACCUUCCAGUGUGUGAUUGACGGGAUCGCUAAAGCAGGAAACCGGACCCUCCUGAAUCAGAUCUACACAGAGCUUUACAUCACAGAGGGAGGGACUGCAGAGGUCAAUGAUGAACAUGAGAUCAGACAUAUUGAAACAACAUCCAGGAAACCAGACAGAUCAGGAAAAUUGAUAAGACAUGAAGACAUUUUUAACCCCCCACCUGGAAGAGAAGAACCAAUCAGAACAGUUCUGACAAAGGGAGUGGCUGGCAUUGGGAAAACAGUCUUAACACAGAAGUUCACUCUGGACUGGGCUGAAGACAAAACCAACCAGAACAUAAUGUUCACAUUUCCUAUCACUUUCAGAGAGCUGAAUGCGCUGAAAGAGAAAAAGUUCAGCUUGGUGGAACUUGUUCAUCUUUUCUUUACUGAAAUCAGAGAAGCAGGAAUCUGCAGGUUUGAAGAGUCCCACGUUGUCUUCAUCUUUGACGGUCUGGAUGAGUGUCGACCUCCUCUGGACUUCCACAACACUGAGAUCCUGACUGAUGUCACAGAGUCCAGCUCACUCCAUGUGCUGCUGACAAACCUCAUCAGGGGAAAACUGCUUCCCUCUGCUCGCCUCUGGAUAACCACACGACCUGCAGCAGCCAAUCAGAUCCCUGCUGAGUGUGUUGACAUGGUGACAGAGGUCAGAGGAUUCACUGACCCACAGAAGGAAGAGUACUUCAGAAAGAGAUUCACAGAUGAGGAGCAGGCCAGCAGAAUCAUCUCCCACAUCAAGACAUCACGAAGCCUCCACAUCAUGUGCCACAUCCCAGUCUUCUGCUGGAUCUCUGCUACAGUUUUGGAGGAUGUAUUGAAAACCAGCAAAGACGAGCUGCCCAAGACCCUGACUGAGAUGUACAUCCAUUUCCUGGUGAUUCAGACCAAACUGAAGAAUGUCAAGUUUGAUGGAGGAGCUGAGACAGAUCCACACUGGAGUCCAGAGAACAGGAAGAUGAUUGAGUCUCUGGGAAAACUGGCUUUUGAUCAGCUGCAGAAAGGAAACCUGAUAUUCUAUGACUCAGACCUGACAGAGUGUGGCAUUGAUAUCAGAGCAGCCUCAGUGUACUCAGGAGUGUUGACACAGGUCUUUAUAGAGGAGAGAGGACUGUACCAGGACAGGGUGUUCUGCUUCAUCCAUCUGAGUGUUCAGGAGUUUCUGGCUGCUCUUCAUGUCCAUCUGACCUUCAUCAACUCUGGAGUCAAUCUGCUGUCAGAGGAACAAACAACAUCCCAGUGCUCUAAUGUGUUAAGAUGCAAAUCAACACAUUUCUGUCGGAUGUUGGGAGACAAAUCAACACAUUUCUACCAGAAUGCUGUGGCCAAGGCCCUACAGAGUCCUAAUGGGCACUUGGAUUUGUUUGUUCGCUUCCUCCUUGGGCUUUCAAUAGAAACCAAUCAGAAACACCUAGGAAGUCUGCUGACGCAGACAGGAAGUAGCUCACACAGCAAAAACAAAACAGUCCAGUUCAUCAAGAAGAAGAUCAAUGAGAACUUCUCUGCAGAGAGAAGCAUCAACCUGUUCCACUGUCUGAAUGAAGUGAAUGAUCGUUCUCUAGUGGAGGAGAUCCAACAGUGCCUGAGAUCAGGAAGUCUCUCCACAGACAAACUGUCUCCUGCUCAGUGGUCAGCUCUGGUCUUCAUCUUACUGUCAUCAGAAACAGAUCUGGACGUGUUUGACCUGAAGAAAUUCUCUGGUUCGGAGGAGGCUCUUCUGAGGCUGCUGCCAGUGAUCAAAGCCUCCAACAAAGCUCUGUUGAGUGGCUGUAAACUGUCAAAAAGAAGCUAUGAAGCUCUGUCCUCACUCCUCAAAACACAGUCGUCUCUUAGAGAGCUGGUUCUGAGUAACAACGACUUAGAGUACUCAGCAGUGGAGAUGCUAACUACUGGACUUAUCAGCCCACACUGUACACUGGAAACUCUCAGGCUAAGUAGCUGUAAACUCUCAGUGAGCAGCUGUGAAGCUCUGUCCUUAGUUCUCAGCUCUGAGGCCUCGAGCAUGAGAGAGCUGGACCUGAGUAACAACAGACUCCAGGAUUCAGGAGUGAAUCUUCUAUCUGCUGAACUGGAGAGCCCAGACUGUACACUGGAAAAUCUCUGGCUGAGUAGCUGUAAACUAUCAAAGAGAAGCUGUGAAGCUCUGUUACCAGUUCUACAGUCCAAGUCAUCUAGACUAAAAGGGCUGGACCUGAGCAAAUCUAAUCUUCAGGAUUCAGGAGUAAUUCUGCUGUCCAUUGGACUGAAGGGUCCACACUGUCCACUGAAAAUUCUAAGACUGAGUGGCUGUAAAUUGUCAGAGAGAAGCUGUGGCGCUCUGUCCUUCGCCCUCAAAUCUGAAUCCUCUAGUCUGAUAGAGCUGGACCUGAGUAACAACAACCUGCAGGAUUCAGGAGUGAAGCUGCUUUGCUCUGGACUGGACAGUCCACACUGUGCACUGGAAUCCCUCAGGUUGAGUGGCUGUGACCUGUCAAAGGGAAGCUGUGAAGCUAUGUCCUUGGUUAUCAGCUCAGAGUCAUCUAGUAUGAAAGAGAUUAACCUGAGUAACAACGACCUACAGGAUUCAGGGGUGAGGCUGCUAUCGGCUGGACUGAAGAGAGAGAACUGUACACUGGAAAGGCUCGGGCUGUCAGGCUGUCUGAUCACAAGACAUGGCUGUGCAUCUUUGGCCUCAGCUCUGAGCUCCAACCCCUCCCAUCUGAGAGAGCUGGACCUGAGCUACAAUCAUCUUGGGGCCUCUGGAGUGAAGCUCCUGUCGGCUCGACGGGAAGAUCCCAACUGUAGACUGGAAACUCUAAGAGUGGAUCAUGAUGGACCACAGAGACUGAGACCUGGUGUGAGGAAGUAUGUUUGUGAACUGGAAGUGGACACAAACACAGUGAACAGACAGCUUCAACUGUCCAACAACAACAUGAAGGUGACGCGGGUGAGAAAGUCUCAGCCAUAUCCUGGUCAUCCAGACAGAUUUGACAUCUGUCCUCAGCUGCUGGGUACAACUGGUCUGACUGGUCGCUGUUACUGGGAGGUCGAGUGGAGCGGAGACGUUUCUGUAUCAGUGAGUUACAGAGGAAUCAGCAGGAAAGGAGGCAGUAGAGACUGCGAGCUGGGACGGAAUGAUCAGUCCUGGAGUCUGUACUGCUCUGAUGAUGAUGGUUCAUUUGUUUAUCACAAUAACAGAAAAACACACAUCUUUUACCCCUGUUACUUUUCGUCCCUCUUCUUCUCCUCCAGCUCCAUCCCCUCUCCUUCCAACCCCCCCUCCUCCUCUGUCUUGAACAGAGUAGGAGUGUAUGUGGACUGGCCGGCUGGCCUUCUAUCCUUCUACAGAGUUUCCUCUGACACACUGAUCCACCUCCACACCUUCAACACCACAUUCACUGAACCCGUCUAUCCUGCGUUCCGGCUCUGGCCUGGUUCCUCAGUGUCUCUUCUGUCAUCUGUGAACAGAAAAUCUGCUGACUCUGCUGUUUUCACACCUGAAAGUCCGUACUAA